AAUAGGCCAGCCGCCUACUAUUCCCUUCUCUUUCCCCGACCCCAACACUUGCGGUCGUCAAAUCUCGCCGUCCCACCUCGCCGCCGGCGAAACCCGACCGCCCGGCAGGGCAACCGCACCACCGGCCGGAGGCCCGCGCUUGUAGGAUAGUCGGAGAUGGGGAAGAAGCAGCAUAGCAAGGACCGGAUGUUCAUAACUGCCACGGAGUGGGCGACAGAGUGGGGCGGCGCCAAGAACAGGGAGGCCAUCGCGCCAUUCCAGCGCCUCCCCUUCUACUGCUGCGCGCUCACGUUCUUGCCAUUUGAGGAUCCGGUGUGUACGGCAGAUGGAAGCGUCUUCGAUUUGAUGAGCAUAAUCCCAUAUAUUAAAAAAUUCGGGAAGCAUCCGGUAACUGGAGCAGCACUGAAGCAGGAGGAUCUUAUUCCUCUCACUUUCCACAAGAACACAGACGGAGAGUUUCAGUGUCCUGUUUUAAAUAAAGUUUUUACAGAAUUCACGCAUAUAGUUGCUGUAAAGACUACCAGGAACGUCUUCUGUUAUGAGGCAAUCCAGGAGCUUAACAUUAAGCCAAAGAAUUGGAAAGAGUUGCUAACCGAUGAGCCCUUCGCACGAAAGGACUUGAUAACAAUUCAGAAUCCAAAUGCGCUUGAUACCAAGGUCCUAGGGCAAUUUGAUCAUGUUAGACAAGGCCUCAAACUUGAUGAUGAAGAGUUGCAGCGGAUGAAAGAUGAUCCAACCUACAACAUAAAUGUUGCCGGUGAUCUUAAGCAAAUGAUGAAGGAACUUGGGACUGAAAAAGGAAAAUUAGCUUUUCUGCAUGGUGGUGGAGGACAGAAAGCUCAAAAGGAAAGAGCUGCCGCACUGGCUGUCCUUUUAGCAAAAGAAGAGAAGAGUGACUCAAAAUCGAGCAAAGAACCUAAACCUCCUCAACCAUUCAGUGUUGUGGAUGCUGCUUCGGCUUCUGUUCAUGGCAGAAGCGCAGCAGCAGCAAAAUCUGGCACUGCUGAGAAAACUGCUGCUAGAAUUGCUAUGCACAGGGCAGGAGAUCGGGAUCCUAUAAAUGCUAAAUUGGUUAAAAGUCGUUACACUACUGGAGCAGCUUCACGUUCUUUCACGUCGACUUCCUAUGAUCCCGUUACCAAAAAUAAAUUUGAGUAUGUUAAAGUUGAAAGGAAUCCAAAAAAGAAAGGAUAUGUUCAGUUGCAUACCACCCAUGGUGAUUUGAAUUUGGAGCUUCAUUGUGAUAUUACUCCUCGGACAUGUGAAAACUUCCUAACACAUUGUGAAAAUGGUUACUACAAUGGUCUUAUCUUCCAUCGUAGCAUCAAAAACUUUAUGAUUCAAGGAGGUGAUCCAACUGGCACAGGAAGCGGAGGGGAGUCCAUAUGGGGUCAACCUUUCAAGGAUGAACUGAAUUCAAAGCUGCUACAUUCAGGAAGAGGUGUUGUCAGCAUGGCGAAUUCUGGGCUCCAUACCAAUGGGUCGCAGUUUUUCAUCUUAUACAAGUCCGCGGCACAUUUAAAUUUCAAACAUACAGUGUUUGGCAUGGUGGUUGGUGGUCUGCACAAUCUUUCAGCAAUGGAAAAGGUUCCUGUUGAUGAUGACGACCGCCCAUUGGAGGAAAUAAAGUUACUGAAAGUUAGUGUAUUUGUGAAUCCUUACACGGAACCAGACGAGGAAGAAGAAAAGGCAAAGGAGGAGGAGAAGAACAAGGAUGAAGAUCAUGAUAAGGUGGGGUCAUGGUAUAGCAACCCAGGGACUGGUGUUUCUGCUUCAACGAGCGCUGGUGGUGGAGUUGGCAAGUAUCUCAAGGCUCGGACGGCUGGCUCUGCUGAUGCCACUGGAAAUGCCGCCACAGCAGAUGAUUCAAGCAAGAAGAGAAAAGCGAGUGCUCCUAGUGUAGAAUUCAAAGAUUUCUCUGGAUGGUAGAUGACGUGAAUUUCCCCUUUCUUCUCGGAAGAAACAGCCGGUUGAAACUUUGUAACAUUUGAGCAUGUGCGCCCAUGUUAUGAUAGUGUAUUAACUGUCCAGAAUGCGGUCUCACAGCUCACAACAGAUUUUUCAGAACCCGCAUCUUAAUCAAACACGCAUGUUCAGUACUCGAGUAAA